AGGGCGGGGCCUGAACCCCGUGACUGACAGCGCCCGGGGAAGGGCGGGUCCGAACCCUUUGACUGACAGCGCCCGGGAAGGCGGGGUCCGAACCCCGUGACGGACAGCGGCCCGAACCCCGUGACUGACAGCGGCGGGGGAAGGGCAGGGCCUGGAACCCCGUGACUGACAGCGCCCGGGUCGCGAUGACUGACAUUAGCCGCGAGGGCGGGACUUGCACGCGGCGUGAUUGACAGCCGCGCCGCGUUCGCCCGUUUGUGGCUCUUCGGGUCGGCGCGCGGGUGUGGGCGUGGCGAGCGUCCGAGCGUGGCACUGGGCGUGCCGGGCCGCCAUGCCGCCGCUGCUGCCCGCGCUGAGGCCGCGCGGCGGUGUGGGCUGGCCGGCGGCGUCGGAGGCGUAGCCGGGAGUCGGGGCGUGGCCUGAUGUGUCAGGGGCGGGGCUUUCGGUGUCAGUGGGCGUGGCCAGGCCGCCAUGCUGCCGCUCCUGCGGGACCUGCGGGCUGUGCUCCUGGCCUACGCCGUGGGCGCCGCCGUCCUGGCGUCGCAGCUGCUGCGCCGCCUCCGCGGGGGCUUCCGGGAGCCGGGUGAGUCACGUGGGGGGCAGCGGGGGCCGCUCCCGACGUCCCCUGCGCCCCUCGGGGGGUCUCCGUGUCCUCCCCGGUCCACGCCUGCCGGAGCGGAGCGUCCCGGCCGCCAUUUUGGUAGUUUUUACCGGGCGCGUGGCCAUCGUGACGGGCGGACGCGGACCGGCGAAUCGGCCUGCCAGGCGCGGUGCGCGCCUGGCGCGGCUCGGAUGCGCGUGGUCAUAGGUUCAGUCAGCGGGGUCACGGGGUGGUUCACGGGACGGGGGCGGGGGCUCCCCGGAAGCCCCGCCCACCACCCGCCCCGCCACUUCUCGACCCCGCAGCCUGAAAUAACCGAGGACCGAAGCGAAGGACUGCGGUGCGCGAGCUCCGGGCGGAGACCGGGAACCCGGAGGCACUUCCUUUCCCUGGACUCUGGCCUCACACUGGCGUCCGUGCGGUUGCGGAAGUUCGCGCGCGACUUCCUGUCCCUGGGGCUCCCGCUGCACGUGCUGGUCGCCAAACGCCCUGACCACUUCCUGCCCCGCCCCUGCCCCCUUCCUCCCCGCAGCGGGCGUGAUGCUGGCGCCCCGGGGUCGCGCACGGCGGACGGGUUCGAGCGGCACCUGGGUGUGAACUUCCUGGGCCACUUCCUGCUGACGCUGCUGCUGCUGGACGCCCUGCGGGCCGCGGGGUCGCGGGGUCGGAGGUCGCGCGUGGUGGCCCUGGGCUCCGCCACGCACUACGUGGGGGACAUCGACCCGGAGACCAUGGCGGACGGGUGACGCGCCCGAUUCCCCCACGCGGCCUACGCGCGCAGCAAGCUGGCCCUGGUGCUGUUCGCGCGGCGGCUGCAGCGGGUGCUGACCGAGCGCGGCGACCCCGUCACGGCCACCGUGGCCGACCCCGGGGUGGUGGACACCGCGCUCUUCCGCCGGGCCGGGUGGGCGGCGCGGGCCCUGCAGCGGGGCCUGGGGUGGCUGCUCUUCAAGACCCCGGACGAGGGCGCCUGGACCCCGGUGCUGGCCGCGGCCGACCCCGCGCUGGAGGGCCUCGGGGGUCGCUACCUGCGGGACGAGGCCCCGGCGGAGCCGCUGGGGGUCACGGGGGCCGCGGGGCUGCAGGACCGGCUGUGGGCGGCCAGCGGGCGGCUGGUGGGGGCCGCGGGGGUCACAGGGGGUGGGGACACCGGGGCGGGGGGCGGGGCCGACCUCUGA